UUGUGGGUGGUAGCGGCGUUGACUGAGGAGUGCCAGUCUACGGUAAUGCCAGGAGUAAUUCUAGACAGCUGCUACUGUAUCGUGGGUAAAGUGACACAAUACGAAAGCGUGUGCUACCGUAAAAAAGCAUGAGAGUGCUAAGUGACCACAAUAGAUUUUUCCCAGGGGCUACCACACAGCACUGCAAAGCACGGACACCGUGCUCUACGGAGAGGGGCGCUGACUUGAAAAAUGGAAGAAAAAAGAAAAAAAAGGGAAAGAAAGAGAGAAAGAAAGAGUGUGAUUCUCUGGACAAAGACACGGACAGAGGAGGGGUGAUAUGAGGGACUCAGGCAGGGCAGACAAUCAUUGGCCCACAGCACAUUCCUGACACUCUCCCCCCCCCUUGCUGACUUUGCUAGGCUGACCCUCCGGACUCGACGAGUGGUGAUCGAGCAAGGGGGGCCGUUAGACCAGAAAAAGAGGAAGGUAUUAGAAAGGCAGGAGUGCAAAAAGGGUAGGCUUUUUUACUCGUGGGAGAGAGUGCAAUUUACUCGAGUAGAUGACCCGGCCGAUCGGUGCCUCCAGGACGCGCGGGCUCGUAGGGGACAGAAAUACCUGAGCAAAGGGGCUCACCCAAGCACACGGGGAAGGGGUUUGGACUGGAAGAGUUGGUUGGUUCGGCAAGGUCAAUGUUUUGGGGGAGUGUGUGCGUGGUGAAGACGAGUUGAAGUCAAAGGGCAGUGAAGCGGAGGGCAUUGUUGUCGCUACCUGUACCAGUAUCAUAUCAUAUCAUAGCCUACCUGUAAUGGAGACAGUGGUGGAGUCCGGGCCAAGUACUGUACCUGCGUGCUCUGCACCGGUACCGGUAUCGAUGAUGAUGAUGGUCAUAACACACAUGGUCGAAACAUUCUUCAACUGUCUUUGUCCAUUCUACCCGCUCUCGUCCCCAUAAUAGCUCGUAAGGGCCUGCCGGAAGCUCACGGGUUUCACCACACCUGACGAGAGCUACGACACUGAACGUAUACGGUACGGUACCGGUACCGGUGUCUACUAAAAAAAAAUUCCACAGAAUGGUACUGUACGAGUACUCGAACCCAACGGUAACUUACUCAAGUACCUCCACAGAAACAGAAGAAACACGUCGAUUGGCCUGUGACUGCCACCCCUGCCUCAAGCCUUUUGCUUCUUUUUUUGCAUCCUAAAGGAUGAGAUCAACAAGUGCCAAGAGGAUAAUAAUUGCACCCCUUCCUUCUCCUUUUCUUAUUCUAGUCCUUUAUAUAGAUUUCUAUUUUCCAAAAGCAGGGUAAGCGAGUCCAGUCAUUCCCACCACAGCUAAUCAGGCUUCUCUUCCUUCCUUUUUCCCUUCUCUUCCAAGGGCAGGGAAGAGAAAGGAAAGGAAAGGAAAGGAAAAGAGAGGAGCGGAAAGAGGAAGGAAGCCAAAAAAAAAAAAAAAUACCUGUUUCCUCUCCCAGAGAGCCAGUUUUCCCCUUCCCGUCAGCGCCACCAGUCCCCCCGAAUCUCGGGCAAACCCUUGCCCCACUGCAAUCAAUCAAUAUCUCGAGUACCGUAUCGUACGGCACUCUACCACACCUGUACCGUACUGUACCCGUACCGGUAUCAUACGCUAUCAUAUACCCCUAACCAUCAGCCACCUUCCUCUUCCCCCACCACCACCAUCACCACCACCACUUAUCAUACCACGGCCGAGUCACCUUUACAGGUGGCUUAUCCCCGACACAUACUCUGCAGUACGUUGCUCAUCACCACCACCACCACCACCACCACCACUACCCGGCAUCACAUACAGAUAACACACCCAAGAUCACAAUGGACUCGUGAGUUCUACCUCAACCGCCACUGCCGUCGUCCCCUUCAAUCGGGCUGCCGUAAGAACUCGGACAACCAAACCAAGUGCUACGCCGGUGGAGCUUCCUCCCCCGGCAAGGUUUGGCGUCUUUUGUUUUCUCAUGUCUCAGAAGAGCUGAGCAGCUGUGCCUCCCUUCCAAGGGAGGGAGCUCCAACUGCACGACACACUGUUCGGUUGUCCGGGUUUCUACGAUGCGUCCUUGCGUGCGUAAUGCUGCCUUGCUGAUCACCUUACGCCCCUCUUUUGUGGCGGGGAUUCACUCAUGUCACAGCCUUUCACCUUCCGAACAGCGUGAGUUCCAAUCCGUCCUCGAGAAACGCCAAACACGAGAUAUGAUGCAGGUACGUUUCCCUUCUCACGUGAAUCCGCUUCCGUUUUAUAUUUAGCUCCCCUUUGGCGGUGGUCCUAUAUCCUGUUCAUCUUUUUUUAACCCCCCAUCCUCUUCAAUCCGUGCCCCUCCUACCCCGCUGCUUAUCUUGUUCUUGCGCUCUGACUGACAUCCGGGAGCUGUGGUGCCGGCAUCGUUAACAGUUCUAUUCCAACCUUGUCCAAAGGUUCGUUUCUAUUUGUUUGCAAACCCCCUUAAUUUAUUAACAACCUGAGUUGUUACCCUUUAUAUCCGAACCAAUACUAAAACGGAAAGCAUGUCCAACCGCAGAUGCUUCGAUGAUUGUAUCAACGAUUUCACUUCGAAAGCCUUGUCCACAAAGGAGGAGACUUGCGUUAGCAGAUGCGUCGACAAAUUCAUCAAGACCAGCGACAGAUUAGGACAGCGGUUCGCUGAACAGAACCAAGCUAUGAUGCAGGGAGGGGGCGCCGGUGGUGCUGGUGCGGCUUUUGGUGGAAGAUGAGGGAUUUCGGAAAUCUUGCGCGGGCGUUUGUAGGGAAAAAACAAAAAAGAAAAUCUGCACACCGCACCGUACCCCAAACAAGGACAAAAUAUUCUUUGGGUACGAUGCUCAACUUUGAAGCGUCAGGUAUAGUCGGGAAAUUUCCCUCGUCUCUAGCCGGUCGUGUCGACACUCAAUUCAAAAGCUCCAUGGCAAUUAAUUCUAAAACAAUGACGUAUCAUAGAAGCGAAAUAUGGCAUUGAGUGGUUGGCUGUUGGCGGUGGUGAAGGUGAUGGGGAGGAUUUUUUUCCGGGCAACAAGACUAGAGAAGGAUUCUGAUCGAUGGAGCAAAUCGAAGAUCGUGAUACCUCUGAGAAAUGGGUUUGAUAAGUGAAGAGAGUGAUUCUUGUAUAGAAUUAUUAACCGCAUGAUCUACGAGUAUUAUGGAUGCGAUCAAAUCAUCACUGCAUAUCGGGCACGGAGAUUUGGGAGAUGGACGGUUACCAAUCCGCAGUCCGCUCUCACCGGUAGACUACUCGAGUAUGGGGCCGGGCACCUGGCGAUCAACCAAAAACAGACACGGUGGUAAUCCCGGAAAAUUUCCAACCACAACCACCACAUCCUUCCCAGCUUUUGAAGGUACAGUAGACUAUGGCCAUAUGCGAACGUUCGGAAGACGCCUCACCCCAGCCCUGCGUUUCCUGAUUUUUCGAUAGAAGCGGCAUUCGUUGAAAUGGCAAAAUCCCCAAUUACCCAUGGAUGGAUUCUUUAUUUUUGCCAACGCCCUCCUCCCUUUUUCUGUAUCUAUUAUGUAAUCAAAUUGAAUUGCUUGCACGGCAUCAUACUGGUAAUUUAUGAUUAACUCACGGGCAAAGUACGGUACUGGGACUGCAGUGCCAUAGGUGCCCACCACGGUGCCAGUGCUGGAGCGAAAAGAAAAGAAAAAAAGCUUGGACCAUGAAUUCCACGUGUCAGUUCCACGAUCUGGCUUGGCCUUAACAACCACAGUACGGGUACCGGUACAAGUUGUAAUUGUAGCGCUUCUAGACCCCCGUUGUUGUAAUUCUGCCCCAGUCUCUCCACAAAGCAAACACAUGUGAUAUCAACCUUUUCCCCCCAGCAAGCAAAAAGGGAGCCUGGGAAACCUUCCUCUUCCCUCCGACCGCCUUCCGUGGAGGCGGUAUUCGUGGCAUUCUCACGAGAUAUCUAAACGUGGAUUCUUCCCAUUUUAUUUUUACCCCCUCCGAUUGCCGGCUACGUGCUUGGUCAAUGCUCACCACCGCACCGCAUCGUAAAGGAACCGCGCGGGAAAGAGGGCUCAUAUAUGGUUCGUGUGGGACUGGGUUUGUGCAAACGGAUCGGUCCAGAGGUGAGGGUGUAUGCGGCAUCGCUGGUAGGCUCCUGAUGGGAAUGUUAUGGGACAAGCACCUGCGCAUGGGAGAGCGUAUAUACAGUACUGUAAGUUAUCGCAGCGCACUGUACGAGUACUCCCGAUUCCGGCCGUCACGGGAGCACGGCCGAGAAUAAACUGUGGGGGCAGCCGUAAUCGAACUUGUAGGGAAGGCCGGGGCAAGGCUAGAGGAUACGGAAACCUGCAUCGUCGAGAAAUCCGGACGAGAACAGGGUCCAAGUAAGAUGAGGAGGGGCAGAUAGAGGAGGGGCUGGAAAUUUGGUUUUGAUGCGUGAAUCCAGAAAAUGAUUAGACUACCGUAUCGCUCAUUUUCCCACCUCACCGCCCAUCUUAUCAUCUCCCCUCGUUACCGCGGGGAAUGCGAUUAUUAACUUGUUAUUUCCAUGGUUCACCGCUACUUUGUAUGAUGCCUUUAGAACAAGGAACGCAUGCUUGUUCAUCCAAGCCGCCAGAGGGUGAAACGUGACAUCAACCACGAUCAGCAGC